UCUCUCUCUUCCUCUUCUAGAUCUUUAUUUUUUAUAAGCAAUCUUCCCUGAAGUUGCAUUGGUCGAGGAAGAAAGCAGUGAAGUUUGAGCGCCUCCGAUUCCACAAACAAAAUGAAUACGCCUCUCCCUCUCCUCUUCCUGGCUGCACUCCUCCUUCUCCUGAAAAUGAGAUAUGCUCCUCCCCAUCCCCAUCCCCCUCCCCCUCCAUCUACUAGUUCUAAUCUACAAGCAUCUCCUCUUCCUCUUCCUCCCCCUCCCCCUCCCCCUCGAACUUGGGGAUCAUUUUAUCUCUCAUUGUUUUGGCCGCCGGGCUAUUGUAUAGCUAACCCGGCAGGAUGUCUACCUAAUAAAAUGAAAGAAGAUUUUACCAUUCAUGGCCUUUGGCCACAAACUACUCAACAAUCAAGUGGACCUGCAUAUGUUGAUGGAUUGAUUAAUCAAGACUUGCGGGACAGAUUAGACAUCUAUUGGUCAAAUCUUGAAAGGGAUCCCAAUCGUGCGUUCUGGGAACACGAAUGGAAUAAACAUGGAAAGAUUUCAAAUAGUCUACUAGGCGAAGUAGACUAUUUUGAAAGAGCGAUACAGUUAUACCUUGCAACGAAUGUAACAACUAUUCUUGCAAAUUAUGGUAUUUUACCAUCUGACAAUUCUCCGACCACCCUUGCAAGUGUUUCGCAGGCUUUCGGGAGUACUCCAAUUGUUGUAUGCCGCAAAGGUCGCAAUAGUAAUACGAUGUAUAUAACAGAAAUUAGGCUUUGCUAUGAUGCAAGUGCAAUUAAUUUAAUAUCAUGUACUCAAGCCCAAUUGUCAUGCGGUACUCAACCGAUUUAUUUGAAGACUAUAUAA